GCGUAUCCGUGUUACUCGUUAUUUAGAGGUCUGGCAGUCUGCAGAAAAAAAAAUGGUUCAUGGACUUUGUUUCCAGAUAGUUUUUCUUGCCAUUGCUGCACAUUGUACUUUGGGUCGUGAGGUAGAAGCUACGAAUGGACAGCUUUUUUGUGUGUACACCAAGGAUGCCUUUCCUGAGAAAAUAUUCGACAAGAAAUUCGAUAAUACAACUGAAAUGUGUUGUAAUAAAUCAGGAACGUAUAAUAGAUAUGACAAUCAAGGACGGAGACUGGAGUGCUGUGGAAACGGAACAUACAAUCCAGAAAUCGAGAUCUGUUGUGCUGACCAAGUACACGACAAGAAAAGCAUGUGCUGUGGAAAUAAAGUUUACAACAAAGACGAUGUGAAUAAUACCGAGCACCUGCAAAAAGACGAAUGUUGUGGAAUUCAGGUUUUCUCAUCUCACUCCGAAAGACGACGCUAUUGUAAUGAUGGGAUUAAGAAUGCUAGUGAAAGGUCCAAUGGAAGAAAUCCAUCUAGAAAGGGGAACAAACGAAAGCCUUCCUUGAGCUUCCUGUUUUCUUGGAGCGGUAGGAAAUGGAAAAGAAAAUAUCCCCUUUUUCUGAUUAACAUUAUUCUUGGUAAUGCUGAUGUUUCUAUCGGAAAACCUCCCAGAAGACUUCGGUUCUGAUGGGGAAUGUUUUUCACAGGGUGUCAAAGUGAGCUUUAAACUUCCAAAUGUUCAAAAGAAAAAGUAUUUCUGUCUGGAGCAGAAACAGUUGUAAUUUUCAUUUUCCUUGGUUGUUGUCUUAAUAUACAUGUGUAUGAUUGAUAGAAGUAAAUUGUUUGUAAUAUUUAAAGGAAGAAUCUACGUAAUUGAUUACUGGGCUGGUAAUCAAUUACGUAGAUUCUUCUUUUGUGUAAUCCCCUUCCAACGAAACUGAAAGGAUUUUAGUUUUUAUCUGUAUGUCCGUUUCAAUGUUAUUGUUUUCUGGGAUUUGUUUACCCCGAUUUGGAAGAUGAAAUUUGGUAUGUGAUUUGGUAAUAUGUGUUAAUAGAGCAAAUUUAAGUUUCAUCAAAAUUGACCCAUGUUUACGAGAAUUAUGGGCCUUAGUACAAAAUGUAGUUGUGUAGACUUUUUUCUACUGAGAAACUUGAAUUUGAUGUAUGGUUAUUUGAGGAGUAGACGUUCAUCAUGUUUCACUUUUGGUUGACAAAACUUCUUUAAUUCUGAUAUUCUGUUUGUCUAGUUAUCUGUGUAGUCUUUUUAUUGUGUUAGUUGCCCAUCAUUUACUGAAUACAAUCAAUAUGUAUUGCUGAUA